AUGGCAGCUGUGGAAACUAUCUAUAAUCCAGAGGGCAUGGUGCAGUUGCAACAAUUGAUGAAGAGAAAGCUGAUCCGUUCGGAAACAAAAUGGGAUUUCAGAGAUGUGGUGGAUUUGGUUUUAGAAAUUGUAGAACAUAUAGGGGUCUUAGCUGCUCCUUUUUACUUCACUUGGGGUGCAUUUCGGGUUGCAGUGAUAUUGUAUCUUGUGACAUUGCAUCUUGGGAUUAGUCUUUCUUACCAUAGAAACCUCAGUCACAAGAGUUUUAAGCUCACGAAACCGCUUGAAUACUUGUUUGCAUAUUUUGGACUACACGCUGCCCAGGGAGACCCAAUGUUUUGGGUAAGCAUUCACCGUUACCACCAUCAGUUCACGGAUUCUGACCGAGACCCACAUAGUCCAAUUGAAGGAUUUUGGUUCAGCCACAUGAAUUGGAUUUUUCAUCACAACUAUCUCAAGGAAAAGUGCGGGGAACCAAACAUUGUCAUGGAUUUAGAAAAGCAAGUCUACUACAGGUUCCUACGAAGAACACACUUACUUCAUAUAGUUGGACUUGCACUUCUGUUGUACGUCGUAGGAGGAUUACCGCACCUUAUCUGGGGAAUGGGUGUUAGAAUCGCAGUUGGCCAUCAUAGCACAUUCAUGGUGAAUUCAGUAUGUCACGUAUGGGGGAAAAGGCCAUGGAACACCAGAGAUUUAUCCAAGAACAAUUGGUUGAUGGGGUUAUUAGGACACGGAGAAGGUUGGCACAACAACCAUCAUGCUUUUGAGUUCUCAGCUCGGUUAGGGCUGGAAUGGUGGCAGUUGGACGUUCCUUGGUACAUUUUACAGCUACUUGCAUAUCUUGGAUUAGCAAAAGAUGUCAAAGUCCCUACUGAGAUUCAAAAACUAAAAUUAUCUUUCAAAAACACUACUCAAUUUGAUCAGCUGGAGAAUAGUAGUACUAAAUCUACAUACCGAUGCUUAUAA